UCAACACGCGGCUGGAUCAAUAACAUUUCCAGUAAUUUCCCAUCAAUUCAAAUCAACAUAUAAAACCCGACCGGCAUUUGCCCGUCAUUGUUAGUAUUGUGUUGGCAACCACUCAGGUGGAAAAUUCAAAUUAAAUACUUUGCAAGCGGAAUUACAGUUUAUUGCACCCGUUGAUCCUAAAACAAUACAGAACGAGGACCUUUCUUUGUCAUCCUUUUCAACAAAAGACGCUUCGAGACAAUUGGGACUGAUCUCACUUCAUUAGAAUAGAACAAGUAUCAUUGUCUUCGGCGUCGUCGUCAUCGUCACCCACCAUUCGAGAGAACAAGAAACAGGAUAAUUUCUCUGUUUUAGCCGGGAGCUGGGAGCUGGGCAAGGAAGCGGAAGGACUAGAAUAAAUUAAAUUUCUCCAGAACCCCUUUCCGUCUCCUGAUCGUUAAACACUAUCUCAGAAGCAACAUGCCAACGGACAGGAAGAUGGGCGCAAUGAAAAAAAUGGCCGAGAGACAACCGGCCAACGAACGGGUGCAUCCGAGCAUGGAACCCAUUGUUCGGGACGGUAAAAUACGCGAGCAAAUCGAGCUGGAGAGUAAGGUCCGCCGGGAGUACCAGAAAAAGUGGGGCUUCAUAACGGAACCGGAAUCGACGGAGUACUUUGACCUCAAGAAAAACAACCAACGGCUGAAGGAGCUGCAGCAGCAGAAGAACCAAAAAGUCAAUCUACACGAGUACAACGGACACGGCGAGUCGUACUUUGUGUCGAAGCAGAUGUUCAAAACCCUGUUGGAUACCUGUCGGUGUGGGAGGAAAAAGGUUUGCAACCUGCAUGCGCUCAAGUGUCUACAGAAACCGAAGAGUACGUAUGAGAAGACCGAUGACGAGGAGGAAGAAGAGGAACAGGAAGCGGGUAAAGAUGACGCAGCUAGUGAUAAGAGUGCGAACUAUAUUCCUAAGGUUCCAGUUUUGAGUUCGGGUAUGUACGGUUGGCCCCAGAACCGCUUCGUUGCCAUGGAACGGACCACCUACUACAUCUCACCCCGGUACACGAUGCCUGGUCACCCGAUCGUGGACAGCCACCCGUAUAGUAACAUCAUUCUGGGCUAAAUUUCUCAUUCUUUCUACGCAUCAAUUUAACAUCCUGAUUUCCAGUUCUCAAUUAGAAUUAGGCAUCUCUGUAUUCAUGUAGCAGCAACAUAGAUCGAGUGUGUAACUUACCUCAUGAUUUCAGGAAAACCUAAA